UAGGAGACCAGCUCUAUGCAUGUUACCGAGGCGGAAAGGAAGAAUGUAGGACUGCCGAAGGGAAUAUUUGAAGUACAACUAACAUAACGGGCACAUUGUGAAUGGAACUUAAAAAUUAGCGAAGCGACACUCCUGUAAAAUGGUGAAGUUAAGAGCAAAAUGCAUUCUAGUUGGUGACGCUUCAGUGGGUAAGAGUGCCCUGUCUCAGAUGUUUCGCAGCGAUGGCGGGCACUUCCAGAAGAACUACAGCAUGACUGCAGGAGCGGAGCUGGUGGUGAAGUCUGUCAGCAUCCCCGACAGCGGUGACAGUGUGGAGCUCUUCAUCGUGGACUCGGGCGGGAAGGAGACCUUUGUGGAGGCGUGUGAGAAGCUGUGGGGGCAGCCCUCGGUGCUGUGCCUGGUGUUUGAUGUGAGCAGCGAGGCUUCGUUCAGGAACUGUGGGCUGUGGCUGGAGAGGGUACGGGCUCACUGCCAGGGCCUGCAGGUGCCAGGGGUUCUGGUCGGCAACAAGUCGGACCUGUCAUCCCGGCGGGAGGUGGAGACGGCGGUGGCCCAGGAGUGGGCCCGAAGCCAGGGGCUGGAGUACCACGAGACCUCCGCUAAGGAGAUGGAGAACUGUGAGGCUCCUUUCCUCAGUCUGGCCCGGGCCUUCUAUGCCCUCUAUCAGGACAGGAUCCAAACCAUCCAGACUCUGGCGUAGAAGCUCCUGACCUCCUGAACUGCAGGGGGCGCUGUGGUCCCUGCUACAGGAAUCCACUGCUCACGCCCCUCCUGACCAUUGACGCUAUUGUUGAUCAAAAAGAUCAUGUCUGAAAUUAUAUAUCAGAUUUCCCCUACUGUUGGGAUCAAGCUAGAAUUUCCAUGAAGAGGAACUUUGCUUUAGCCCCUCCCCCUGAUGUACACCCAUGUCAGGCCAUCUCAGUUUCAACAUUGCAGUUCUUCCUUUAAAGAGCUGGUGUUAUAUCCAUCCGCCAGCAGGGGGUGCUAGUCGCCCCAUUGCCCAUGCAAUUCUUUUGUUUCCAGGUAAUGGACAGCACCUGUAUAGAGCCUAUUUAAGAAGCUCUGGUUGGCUUCAUUCUGUCUCUCCCUCACACCUGGAAAUAAAAGAACGAGUUAGUUUGCUGUUGGCUGUUUUGCUGUAGCUGUCAUUGUUAUUAUUCUUUCUGGUUAUGUAAUGUAUUUACAGGGGGCUGGGGGAGGAUGUAGGAGGUGGCUGGGUUCUGUGGGGAGACCGACUAUGGGCACUCUGCUCAGUAAACACACUAGAAAAAGACAUUAUAAAAACACUAAAUACUAUAAAAAACUGGCGAAAAAAAGACUGAUGUUCCUUUUCGUGCUGAACGAGACCGGGUCUGUAAGGCCGGGUUUCCGUCUCGGAAGGAACGGCUUUCCCUCUGUGGUCUUCGCCGUUGCAGGCUGGAACAGAUGCACACAGAUGGUCCUUCCUCCUCCUCCUCCUCCUCCUCUUGCCUGUGCUGCCAGAGGGCACAUUGUCACUGGUUCACUCCACUCCUCGAAGCUCACUGAAGAGGGUCCUGCUCUGCCUUAGACGUUGUGUGGGUGGCUUCUGAUUGCGUGCGCUUGAUGAUCUUUACUGUAUCAUUUUCUUUCCUUCCCCUCCAUGAAAAUGCUCUUGAUUUUUCUGUGUACCAGCGGCUAGCUCCUUUUUUAAAAAUAAACACUGCGUAUAUUUAUACACUGA